UCCGGAAUUCGCUCACAUCGAGAUAAUAUUGUUAUUUAUGUAUGCGCUGUACGAAUGUAUCACUAUACAAAUACGAUCGGGGAGCUGACUAGUUACGAGGAAUUUGAUCGAAAAAAUGCGAUGAUUUCCCAUCGCGAACAGUUUUUGAUGCACGGUCGCGAUGCAUUUGCGAUGCAAAUCAACAAAGCUUCGAAACAUUACAUAUAAACCGAGCGAAGUGACAAACGAACAAAGCACAAAACAACUACAAAAAUGCAAGAAGAAGAAACGCAGUGUAAAAAUUGAAAACUUUCUUUUCUGCACCAAAAUAAAAUCGCUUCAUUGUUUCGAUGCACGAAAUGUGAUGUGUGGUUUAGUUAAUCUCUUUCUUUUGGAAAGAUGAACUCUCAAAUGCUGUACGAGCUAGCAUGUUUUAGCGAGGAAAUUGAUCCGAAAAUCAUGAGUCAUCGGCGGUGCUAGAAACGACUGAAUCGUAGUGAGAUCCUGUGUAUUAGUGCUGUCGCCUGAUGCUCUGUAUUCAAACCAAAAAAGGCACCAACAGGAAGCAACUAACCGAAGCAUAUUCCACGCUAGUGAAGAGAACGAAAGAAAAAACGCAUUGUGGCGUGGUGACCGACAGAAAGGCUAGGUGUCGUUCCUGCACGUCUUAUCAAUAGCCUAAGCCCAUAAGAUACGUAAGCAAAGUCAAGGUGGAGGUGGUGUGUGAACCCACGUCCUAGCUUUAGUGUAAAAUGUCCGAUACGAAAGCACCAGCUGAAAGCAACGUACAGCAUACCGAUACUCAGUGCGAAGAUUUAAACCACGAAAUAGAAGUAACUCCAUCACCAUCGGUAGAGGAAAUUCAUGUCGUAGCAUCCACCUCAACAACAACAACAACAACAACAACAGUAGAAGCAUCCCCAGCUGCACCCAUCGUUCCAACCGAUAUUUCAAGUACUGGUGAAAACUUGUCUAUCGCUGUAGUCAACCACGAGCCGCCUACAACUGGUGGUGUAGCACCUGCGACCACGUCCAGUUCCUUCACAACACCAGCACAGGUUCGAGGACCGUGGACGUGUAGUGUAGAACGUCAGACAUCUGUUAGUUCAAUAGACAGUACGACCAUGUCGAUCGGAGCAGGUUCAAGCAGCGGCAGUGGUCCAGGAGGAUUCCGCAACUCUUUGAGCAAUGGAAGAAUGUUUAGCAGGCUGAUGUCUGUAGAGCGAGGGCGUGUGUCUAACAAUCAUGGAGCACCAGCACGAAGGGGAUCAAACUUUAGUAACGUAGUGUUUAACGAUUUUAUGACCCUACUCCAACAGGCGCGACACCCUGGUAGCCUGUUCUCCUCAGAACGAACAGGGUUGUUUCUAUCUUCGGAACGGUCACAUGGUCCUGGAACAAGUACACCUCCCAUGAUGAGCAAUGUUGGAACUGGUAAUACAAUCGUUAACACCAGCGAUGUUGUGAUCGAUGUUGACGAAGCAAGCGGAACGAACGGCGGUGGUUCUUUGCGCUCAUCCCAUAACGAGUUAUAUCCAAUUUCUAAUUCACCUUCCUCGGCUACUACUAGCGUUCGUCCUUUCCUAUGGAUUCAAUCGGGUGAUGAAAGUGCUGCACCUGCAAGUUCCAUUGGUGGUCGGUCGCCGCUAAUGCCAAAUUUUAACUACAGUCACCAUCACCAUCAUUUCCAUAAUCAUCAACCAUUGGCGAUGCAUCAUCAGCAGUCCUCUGCAGCCACGGCUUCGAUGGCUUCACAGUCUCCUAUAUCGGUAGGGGGUGGAGAAGGAGGUCCCUCACUAAAUGGCGAUUCAGGGACGAAUGGUGUUAUGCUAACACCGACAACAGGAAAUGCUCCUACCAUUGGAGCAGGUGGAACUACACGGAGCAAUAGCAUUAGUUCCAAUCACCAAAAUGAAGACGCAACUGUGCAUGAAGCUCUUAACCAGAUGCCGGAAACCCGCGCCUUGUUUGAAACAUUGGCACGAUAUAUGCCAUUGUUGGUGAUUUUGGUGGCUAAACUGUGCUAUGACCAUUUGGAUGGCAUAAUGACUCUUCUGAUGCUGCUAAUAAUGUUCUAUCACGCUAACUGGGCCGUCCGGCAAGAAAUCUCGAAACAAAAGCAACGGCGCGUUAUUGUACUACUCCGCGAGCUGGUCAUAAUCAUUGUCUCUUUACUGAUAUUCUGGCUUGCAAUUGAAUGGAAAAGCAUCUGCCUAGUAAUACUUUUAAUGCCCGAUCACUUGCAACAGGAAUCACUUAAAGGAUUACUGUAUGCCGUUUGCAUAACGGACUUGAUACUGAAGCUGAUCACCAUUGUAAUCAAAAUUAUCGUCACCCUGAUGCCACCGAGAGUAAUAGAUUACAAAAGUAGGGGUAAAGUAUAUUUGAUGAUAGAAUCGCUCUCCCAGCUGUAUCGUGCCGCAGCUCCGAUCCAACCAUGGUUAAUUUUUCUUUUUGAAUCGUAUUCUGGUUCGGAAAAGAUGGUUGGCGUGAUUUUAUCAGCGGUUUACAUCGUAGCCAAAUCUACUGACUUACUUGAUAGGAUCAAGUUCUGCCGUCGAUCAUUUGUUAAGCUGCUCCAGAAAACGAGUUAUGGAAACGUACCAACAAAGGAACAAUUGCAGGCCUGCGGUGGACAGUGCUCGAUUUGUCAUGACAACUUCAACUCGCCGGUAUUACUGGAAUGUAAUCACAUCUUUUGUGAACUUUGUGUCGGUACAUGGUUUGAUCGAGAACAAACGUGUCCUUUAUGCCGUGCAAAAAUCGUUGACGAUCCUUCCUAUAGAGAUGGAACUACCACAUUCUUUCUGCAGUUAUACUAAAAGAACGAUGGAGGAAAAGACCAUAAUCCCAGCUCCAUUCCUAAUUUUGUAAUUUAUGUAUUUUGAAGGUUUUGGUUCCAUUCAGUGAACUUGCGUUUAGAAUUAUGAAUGGUUUUUGUGCGCAGUUGAGUAAAAAAUCCAAAUGCUGGUGAUUUAUGAUACCUGCACUUCACUUUUCACCGUAUUGUGCAUUUUAAAGUUGAUAAUCAAUUCAAUCAUAGUGGUUUGUGAUUGCCGUGAUUUAACUAAUUCAAAAAACGAUAUAAAUGGUUGCGGGAGUGAGGAUGAAGCAGAGUACGAAUGAAUACUUUUUAUUAAUCAUAAAUGUAUGCUAAAAACAGACGUAUUUCAAUUUGAAAAAAGGUAUUAAAGGGAUUCGUACACGCUUAUCAAGCAGGUAUAUGUUGGCAGCCUGAGAUAGCGUUUACAUAUUAUAAAACAUUAGUCAUACUUUCGAUAUGAGACGCACUGUAAACCAUGAAAAACUGUACAAUAGAAUUAUCAGCAAUUAAUAAAGGGAUCCAUAUCUUGUUUAUGGAUUUGUUAAACAUU